UUAAACCAGAUUCUCAAUAAUUAUGCAGCCAAGAUGGGCAAACAAAGCUCCCUCCAAUCAUCCCUCCGUAUAAUCAUCCCACUUGGCGCGAUCGACCUUGGCAAAGAAAUCCACCGCAGCCCACCUGCGCCAGCACACUCUAUCAGCUUCAUCUCUCGGUGCUGAAUCAAUACAUCAAGUGCCUAUUCUCCAUCUGAGAACUGUCAGACAUGGCCCAAAGAGUGAAUGCGGGCAUCAGACCCGUCCUGCUCGUCCUGGGACUGCUGCUAGUUUUGCUCCCCGCACAGGUCCACGCUUUUGGUGCUGGCAACAUCGCGUCGAUUUCCACCGUCGAGGGCAAGAACUGGCGCCAUGGUGAUAUCGAGGAUACGCUCAAGACUAUCGCCUUUAUCAAGGGCCUCAAGUGGACUUCUAUGAACGUGAAGCGGGUUUAUUUUGGGAACUGGCUGCGGGAUUAUUCCCAGGCGAUGGAUGUGGGUACCCUCAAAAGUGUACCGGCUGACACGAUCCGGAUCCUCGUCUGGGUCCUUUCGUUCAUGACCUUUGGUUACGCAACGGCCGAAUUCGAGGUGACUUCGGAGAGAUUGGGCGUGUAUCGUCCUGAGGAACAUAUCGAUAACCCCAAAGGCUACGCGGACGAUAAAGAUGCUCGCCAGUAUGAUUCGCGCCUACGCCCUCCCAUCCGCCAAAUCGAGCUCGAAAUCGAUCCAGACACCGGCAUGAAAAAUUACAUUGCCAACGAGCGAGGCGACUGGGCGACCAGCUCCGGCUAUAUCAGAUACAGUUUGGCCAGGAGUAUUCACUACGGCAGAUCGUAUACAAGUGGCUCCAACAAAGGGCGAGAGGAGGAUCUUUGCGAGGCUUUGCGAUGUCUGGGCCAAGGUCUUCAUACGCUGGAGGAUUUUGCGGCACAUACCAACUACUGCGAACUGGCUAUUCGGGAGAUGGGCUUCCUCAACGUCUUCCCGCACACUGGAACAGCAACGCAGGUGAAUGUUCGAGGUCGUCGCAUCUUCCCGCUUGUGACGGGUACCUUUGGCAUGGUGGACUUUCUCCAUUCCAUGCUCGGAGAGGCUACUGAUCAUGUCACCCAGUCCGAGGUCGAUGAAAUGGAUGUUGCCCUUGGAGAUGCUCAGACAAAUUCAUCGGCCGGCGCUCUAGGCUCCUUGAUAUCUUCCUUGAAGAGUAUACCCGGAGCCGGUGAUCUUGUUUCCGAAGCGGAACAGCUCCAGCAGGACUCCGACUCCCAGACCGCUGCAAACUCUUCUGGAUAUGCUAGCUACGGAGGCUCCAGAGGCUUCGAUGAUACCUGGAGCGGCAGUCGAGGUAUAAGUGGUGCCGACGAGUUUACAAGGGCAUCCGAGACCAACACACAGCCUCAGUAUGGCGCACCAGACUUUGAUCCCCAAAAGAUCGUGUCUCGAAUCUAUCCCAUCUUCGCCUUCAGAGACAAAGUCGUCCGGAGACUCUCCGCCAUCGUCGAAAAGAUCCCCGGUCUGGAAGCCCUCGUGGAAAAAAUCUCCGAGCUAUUAACGGUCUUCGUGAUGUCUCUUCUAGCCCCCUUCGUUCGCCCGCUUUUAAACUUCGCCACUAAACAACUACAAACCGGCUCGUCCGGCGUCCUCCAAGCCUCGGGUCAGCAUCAAUUCGAACCCUGGACGGAUCCCAUGUGCACGGAUCCCACGCACUCGCUCCUUUCCAAGGACCACUUCUCCAACAUCCUCAACGAACCCGCCGGCAACGUGGCAUCGGCAAUCCUGAAAUACGUUGUUCCCCGCGUGCUGUACGCAUGGGAACACCCCGGCGUCUCCGAGCAGCAGGUUCUAAAUGACUGUCUCCAGGUCCUUCACCACCCGGGCCUAAGGGAUAUGCGCAAUGAAGCCCACCGGGUCAUGUUCGAGGCUGUCGAGCAGUGGGUGAAUUCAAGACCAGACCGUGGAGCCAGCCUCGAUCAGAUCCUCAGCGCUGAGGGUGUGAAAACGGGUAAAAACAACGGAGGCAAGAUCGGUCACUCUCAUGGUGGAAGUGCAAGCGCACCACCACCACCACCAUCAGUGCCGCCUGUUGAUCAUCAGCCUCAGCAUACCUCUCAAUAUUAUUCUUCAGAUUACCCUGCUCCCGCUCCCGCUCAAACUAGCCACCAUGGCCACGACGACUAUGGUGGUUCCAGGUAUACAUCCGAAUCAGGAUCUGAAUACUACCCUAGUCAUGAAUUUGGAUAUGGCCGUCCCCACGAAUAUUCACAGUGGCAGCAGCAACCAGUAUAUGAGAACGAACCGGAAUCCGGGGACGCUUAUAGCCAGAGCUAUAGACACAGUCACAGACGUGAUGAUGGUUACGAUAGCUACGGCCAGGAUGAUGGUCAUAGACAUCGUCAUGGCCACAGCCACAGCCAUAGUCACAGUAGUGAACACAGUCACAGUCAUCGUCAUCGCCACGACUACGACGACGACCAGUACGAGUCGAGACCCAGUGACUACGAGACGGGGUACGAAACCAGAACUAGGUACUACUACUAGGUUCUAUCUUGGAAUUGCACCUACAUGCCUACCUACCUACCUAGGUGCCUUAGUACUCAGGACGUGUUUAUAUUUUCAAGCAGGGAGGAAAUAGUUAUGAAUCUAUUGGUUAUUUGUCCGCUGCUGUAUUUUAUUUAUUCAAUGGGCAUUGACAUUGGCUCUUAGUAUCCUGAUACCAUAUGAAAUUUACGAAUGAUAUGUUGGAAUGAGCUUUUGGGUUUCGAUUUCAAUAGUAAAACUCAUACUCAUUAUUCAAUAGUACUACGAAGUACAUGAGACUGUAUCCAAUUCUGUUCCCGUAGACUUGCAAUCAGUUU